AGUUCUAAUCAAUUCAUUUCGUUCGGAACAUCCAACUUCCGCCGGAAUUAGUUUUCCUAAUCAAGAAAUUACGCGGACAUUUACCAAUUUUCUGUCUGAAAGCUUCAAAUGAUCUCAUAUAGUGUUUUUUUUAUGAAAUAUACAACAACUCACUGAAUUUCUCCCAAGGUUUCAACUUUUUGGAAAAAGAAAAUUAAGAAAUGCAUUCUGCUAUGUGGUGGCUGGUCUUUCUGAUGGGCUGUCAACAGUUUUGCAUCAUCUCGACUGACAAUGCUAUCGGGGACCAUUUACACGGUUCUCAGUUAAGACCUCAUCCUCUAUCCAGAAGAAUGGUUUCAGACUUUGAAGUAAUCGAACCACUUAUUGUUCCAUCAAAGGCCUAUCUAACAGGAUCGUGGAUCUCAAGGAAUGUCAAUCCAUCCAAUCUUCAGCAACAGACGCAUGAAAUCUCUCAGCCACUGUCCUUGAUCAGAGUUGGAAACAUGCCUUUUAGAGCUCCGUCACGUGCUCGUCAACCAUCAAAACCACGCCAAGAUGGUCCAAGUGACAAUCAACAGGCGCCGAUUAAUGCUUCUGGCGGAUUGCAACGAACGACAACACGGGGUGACUCAGAAAGCGAGAUUCAGGAAAUCAUAAAAGAAAGAAAAAAACUAGUUCAAAAACGUCCUCACGGUGCCCCAUACAGAUUUUGUGAUCAGUUUGGCUGUCAUGAUUGCAUUCCACCAGAUGGCGCGAAAUGCUGUUCAGGGUUUAAAUAUGACCCUAAAGCUAAUCGGUGCAGACAACUUGUAUGAUUUCCUUGUAAAAAAACAAAAUAAAAAAAAUAUUUCGAGAAAUUCUAAAUGCAACUUUGGUAAUUAAAAAAAAUACUUUGGUUGAUUUGAAAAACUACCUUAAGCAUAACUAAGCCCUUUUAUUUUACUGAAUGAUUUUGCCUUUGUUCCUGGUGUGAUUAUAGAGUGUUUCGACGACUUAAAUAUUGAUAUUUCUACAGAUAAUUAAAUGUAGUUAGAUUCAACACGCUAUUUGUUCUUGUGUCAAGCAAAAUUGAAAUUAAUUCAUUUUUUUUUUUUUGUCUAUCAAUAAUAAAUGAAAAACAAAGGAACAAAUUAUGUAAGUUUUUU